CUGUCUGCCAUAUGCUGCUGUUAAAAAGCACAGGAGCCCAGACAGGGAAAGCGUGUGUGGAAGUUGGCUAUCUCAUUCACCACAAGAGCUUCCUCAUCCGGGAACUCGCUCUUCCUCGUCGAAUUUAAACUUGGACCGUUGGAAGGGAGAAUGCGCGCGGGGCAGGGGGGUGGUGAGUGAACGGGACCCCUCAGCAAUAGAAAAACGGCGCGCCAAGGAAUUCUGUGAAGAGGGAGAAACGGCCACGCUCACUUCCUAGUUUUGCCGACAGAGAUGAAUGGAUUUGCCCUGAAAUCCUGCGGCCCAGCCGGAACGCGGCUUACUGCGUUUCUUCACACGGGGUAUAUAAAGGAACAGAGAGAUUUUUCGCGAGGCUGCCAGAAUUUUCGUCAUCCCCCGAACCCCCCUUCUGCGGACAAAGGACUCUCUCUUGAGGUGGGCGAAGAAUGCUGUGAAGCUAUUUGACUGGAUUAUGUUGUCCCCCGGGACGGUGGGCCAAACCAUUCUUCAAAAUGGAAGGGGUGCACGUGUUUAUGUGAGAAACCGAGCCGGCUAUUAAGUGGAAUACUUGCGCAGUGCAACAGGGGCGGGAUAAAAGUGAAGAAGUGAGCUGAGGAGGAGUGUGUCGAGAGCGGCUCGUUGGUCUAGGGGUAUGAUUCUCGCUUCGGGUGCGAGAGGUCCCGGGUUCAAAUCCCGGACGAGCCCGUUGUUGGAGGGGGUGGUAUAAUUCCUUCCUAUUUUGGGGGACGACCGCAUUUUAUUAAUUUUGCAGCUCUAUCAUCAAGGCCUUGUGGGUGGGAGGAGGAGGAGGAGCGGGAGACAAGGUGCUUGGUACAUAACCAGGAAAGCGAUCGAGCCUUCACGAGAGGAAAAUGAUAAAUAGAUAAAGAUUAACAGGAGGUGGCACUGUUGAAAAACGGGGCGAAAAUAUUGCUUUGACAUGAAGGUUGCCAUGGUUAUUUUUAAAACAUAUUCCCAAAUCGAGGACUCGGGAGAAGGAAAUUAAGACGCCUCCACGGAGCACGCAAGGGAAGAGAAAGGCUUCAAAUAGCCUUUUAUUCUGAUGCUCUUUUCCAUUAAGAGUCACGUGGAACAAUUGCAUUUAUUUUAUUUUAUUAUAUUCUGGGCUUCCUACUAGCACCAUUGUCAUGAAUUAUUAGUACUGUACGUAGUAUUAUUACACAUGCAGGAAAGGAGCUGGGUGAAUAGGAAGGAUUUUUUUAAAAAAAAUCUAACUCCGCUUCUUAAAGUUACACAAUAGGCAACGAAAAAGGAAAAGGGUCGUAUUUUCACAUCAUAGUGCAGCAGUAAAUGGCAUAACGACCAUACCAAUAAGUCCCGUGACAAUGUAUAUUAAGUUCUGGGGCGGCGGGAGCUAUGGGGGGUGGGGAAUACAUUUUUAUUGUGCUUUUAGCACUGGGGGGAGGGGGGACAACGGCUACAAAAAAAAUAUUAAAAAAGGGGCUCGUCCGGGAUUUGAACCCGGGACCUCUCGCACCCUAAGCGAGAAUCAUACCCCUAGACCAACGAGCCAGCCUUCUGCAGCUUCUCUCGCUGCUCUACAAGGAGUCUAUGGCCAUGUGGCCGUAUCUGGAAGAGAAUUUAAUUUCUUUAAAAUGCUAAGCAACAUUAAAACAUUUAAAUACCGAUGCGCCUUUCAAAGGUGGUUUACUUUAGGACAAUGUAAUUUGCAGGGGGAGGGGGCGUGAAUCCACACCAGCCGCACGCGCAAAAAUUGUUUCUCUGCUUAUACGUAUUCAGGAAGCGGUUUGCAGCUGCUGUAGAUCCUUUGCCUCGCACAACCUAAUAACGUAAAGAAAAGUAUUUCCUUGUUUUGAUCCACCAUACGUCAUAGGAACAGGAUGGCAGAGGGGGACUUUUUCAAAGCAGCAGAGAGAUUUGAACGACUGGUAAUUGUAUUACAAUUUGACGUUGUUAUAAUGAGGCUGUUAUUGGACUGCAAUUGAAAAUUAUUAUCAAAGCAGCAGAGAGACGGCCUGAGACGUCUCAUUCCAGUGUAUGCAAAGUAUUUAGAAGGCGCCCUUCAUUGCAACGAUCUGAGGACGCGGGUGCAAUGAAGUGCGCUUUAAAACAACCGUAUUAUUAUAGCGAUAAGGAGAAGAGAGCAACUAAAAUCAAUACGAGAUAGUGAUCUUGAAACUGCAAAACGGCAUGUUUGUUGCUAGAUCUGCUGAGACCUGCGGUAUCCCCAAAAGCCUUGAGUAAGCAGCCAUAUUUUGAACUGGCGCCCAAACUGAAGUGUCAGCAGCGUCCCACCUACCUCGGAGGGAAGAGUUCCAUGUACCGGGCGCCGCCGCGGGAAAGGCCCUUCUCGCCUGAGGACAAUGCCAGGUGGCUGGACUCCGAGAAGGGCUUCCCGGGGAGAGCCUUUCAUGAGAAAUGCCCCUCCUGCCUGAGACAGACCAUUUGAAAAUGAGUUGCAAUAUCCAGCCUAAUACUUGGGAGUGAAGAGGGGACGGGGACUAGCACAAGUUUUCACUCCCACCAUUCCACCCACCUCAAAAAGCGCAACUCAAAAGCUUGCCAUAAUUUUGUGACAAUUUCAUUUGGUAGAAUCCAGCUGUAUAUUUUUGACUUUUUAUUACUACUGCUAAUAAUCAUCAUAAUAAUCAGAUUUAUACCCUCACACUUUACUCCAAAGGAGGCCAGAUCAGCAAACAUAUCCUACAACCGUCUUUAAAAAAAACACAUACAGACUUUAAAACAACCAUUUUAAAAAGUUCUAAAACCCUAAAAGCAAUCAUCUACUGCAGUGCUUUUCCCCCCUAAAAUAAUGUUUAGGGGUACUCUCAUUUUGACUCAAGAAAAUCAACAUUUUAUAGUUCAAAUCAGGGAAAGUAAAUACAGUAAAUGGACAAAAGUACAAAGAUCCACAUGUUUAGUGGUAUGCGUACCCCUCUGUACCCGCCAGGAAAAAAGCACUGACCUACUGUCACACUAAUGAUGUCAGGGUUAACAGACAGAAAUUUCAGUCAUCCAAAAACACAGCAAACAGGAAUUAGUUAAUUUUUAAAUUUCUCCUAAAAGUUGUUAAUGAGUGUGACUAGCAUAGCUCACUAGGAAAGGCAUUCAGCAGACAGGGGACUGCCACCAAGAAGGCCCUGCCAUGGGCUACUGCAGACAGAGCAACCUCUAGUGGUGGCACCCCCAACCGCAGGAGAGGCUUGAGAUGGUUGAUGCUUAGGUACUUGGGUGGGUCUCAAGCAGUGCCGGAUUUAUGUAUAAGCUAAACAAGCUAUAGCUUAGGGCCCCACAAAACUUAAAGGAAAAAAACUGGAUGUACAUUUCCAGAAUAUAAGAUAAAAAACAAAUAAAAUAAAACCUACAUACAGCAACAGUGUUUUGUGUUGUGUAGGCUCCUAUUAUGUAAGUAAUAGGCCUAGCCUGCUCCCUAAAAUAUCACUGGUUUGCUCAUUUCUGUAUAUAGGGUGCCUACAUUCUGCAUGGACUGGUUGCAUGGCAACAUGUGCAAAUGGCUUUAGAAACCUGUUAGGUCCAUCAAUUACCAUAUGGCAUAUAUUCAACACAAAAAGCAGGGACAAUUUGUUGUUGACAAAGGACAGCUGGACGUAUAAAGGGCCCCAUUACCUUCAGUAGCUUAGGGCCUCAUCAAACCUAAAUCCGGCCCUGGUCCCAAGCCAUGGUGUGUGCUAACACCUUGAAUUUGGCUUAUGGACAUUUGUUGUUUUUACCCAUAUGUUUUUUAUUUCUUGCAUUUACAAUCCACUUUCCUCCGAGAUGUUCAAGACUGCCUAAAUGGUUCUUCUCUCCUUCUAUCUUCGCAACAACCCCCUGAGGCAGGAAAGGGUGCAUAACGGGGUUGCAGCUGCGGCAAGGCGCUUUUCCGAAGUGCUCUCUGUUUACGCUCCUGCUGGAGCCUGGGGAGCAUUUCGAAGCCCUUCCCCGGAGGCUGCUUCGCCCUGACAGCGGCUCCCCUGGACUGGGCCGCGUUCUUUCCCAGCCUCCGGCCCCUCACGGCCCGCAACAAUGGCUGUGAGGUGGGAGUGGGCGUCACAAUGGGCGAGAAAAUGUGGGCAGAGGCAGAAAGAUGGGCGCCCUGUCCACGGCGGCAGCAGGCGGCGCUCCGGGGAAGCGCAAGAGCUUUGCCGCCCGCGAUCCCGGACUAUGGUUGGCGGUGGCUUUCGCUCUGGGCCAGUGUGAGCUCUCCUGGUAUUCUCCCACUAUGCGGGGGGGGGGGGCGGGAAGGGAAAGAGCCUAGCCGCUCCCCCUUUGCUGCGGUUCCUGCUUGCUGCGGCCUUGAAGAAGAGGGGAAGUGGUUGGCCGGUCCACAGUUGCAAGAUCGCUGAAAAAAGAUCACUAUUUAUGAGCGGCAGUUCAGGGUGGAGGAAGACACGAAAUAUCAGUUUGGAGGGCUGGCACAUUGUGACCCGUCUUUGGUUGCGCGUGUCUCAGUACCCUACACCCUCGAGAAUCCCCUCGCUGUGCAAGGGCGCCUUGCACACGUGCUGAGCGCAUACAAGGGAAACCUGCAGUCCUUAAAUAGGUUUACAGAAUCCAUUGUAUUCAAUGGGAUUAAAUGUGCUUCCGAUCAUGGGCGUGGCCAAGGGGAGGGCAGCUGCCCCCCCCAAAUCAAUACAAAUCUGAGGUUCUCCCCCCCCCCCCCGCAACAAAAGUCUGCCCACCCCCAACAAAAAAUCCUGGCUACAUCCAUGCUUUGGAUUUAUGCAUUAUUGGACCAUUCUCUAGUCUACGCCUACUAAAAAGUAAAAUCUUGGAAACUGGCAGGUGUCGCUUCAACCUCCUGGUUUUCUGUUUUUACUUUUGGUGCUUUGUUUUAAGUAACUCAUGGAACACAGUAAAAUGAAUAAUCCCAGAAUUUUUAUUGUUUUUUAUUUUGGAAGCAGUUUGCAGUUUUGCACCCCAGUUCCUCAUUGAGAUUGUAUACGCACUUGUAACUCAAAUCAGGACCUAGAAACUGCAAAAAUGGUACUGAGAACCCAUUUCCUUAAGUGUCCCUUCAGGUGGAACACUGAAACCCUGAAUAGUACAGUUCUAACGAGCCGGGUACAAAAUAGGCCAGUAUUUCAUGCCAUAUUUCAAAAAGUAAAAACCAAGACACCCCGAAACAUGUUGAGCUUUUUAAACUCCAUGAAAAUCUGGGCGUAUGGCUACCCUACAUGUACUGUACCAGCAAUGAAAAAUAUGAAAUGCUAUGCUAUGCUAUGAAAUUGCAUGUAGCAGAGUACAGGUAUAUGCAAUUUCACAGCGUGUUGAGGAUUUUUGUUUUCAUAUUUAUGAUGGAUUGAACUAACAUUAAUUACUUAAAGAUAAACUUGUUGCAGGCUUAUAAAGCCCCAAAGUUUGAUGCAUCUGAGAAACCAAAGCACUGGUAUAAUCUGAAAACAAAGAGUUUAACUUGCUGCGUGAUAUGGUAGAAAUGUGGUUCUAGUAUCUCUGGUCUGUUACCAUAAUAAAUCGAUUCCCUUAAAUGUGGUUCUAGAUUUUCCCCUUAGUUGUGUUAUUGCAGAUUAGUUUGAUUCUUGGAAAAUUAACUUUUUAGCUCAGUCCUGUGCAAAUCUAGGACUAUUACUUUAUUAUACUUCAUAUACCAGUAAUUAAAUCUAUUUUGGUGAAAGAGGCCUGUGCAUGGAUCCUGUGCAGAAAUAUCUUCUCAACAUUCAGUUUUAUUCAUUGGUCAAGCUUUUAUCCCACAUUUCAGGAAAUGUGCCAAACUUCAAUAUAAAAUGACAACAGAGUACCAAAUAAAAUCAAAGAUAGAAACUAAAAAUAUAAUGAAAACAGUAAUGCAGAUGUUUUGUGUCUGUGGAACCAAGAGAGUUGUGACGUCUGUUACCUUUAGUAAUCAGCUUGAGAUGCUUUCAUAACAGACAACAUAUCCAUAUAUAAAAGCAAAUCUUUAUGCAGUUUUGUCUUGCUCUGCAUGUUUAAAAACUGUAAUUUUGUUGCUUACAAAGGGACUCGGAUGGCAUCUUGUUCUUCAACAGUCGAUAGCACAGCUGAUGAAGAAGUUUCCUCACCAACAGAACUUAUUGUGGGGAUUGGGGCAGAUGCAAAGCUUCCAUGCACAUUCAGGUCAUCAGAGGAAAUCACCAGUGCAACAUCUGUUACGUGGAGCUUUCAACCAGAGGGAUCAAAGGCUCGCCCCAUACCAGUAAGAGUUAAUGUCUGAGGAGAGCUUCGUUUUGCAUAAGAAUUUGUGGUGAAAGUGGAUUACAGUGGUACCUCGGGUUACAUAUGCUUCAGGUUACAGACUCCGCUAACCCAGAAAUAGUACCUCGGGUUAAGAACUUUGCUUCAGGAUGAGACCAGUAAUCGUGCUCUGGCGGCGCGGCAGCAGCAGGAGGCCCCAUUAGCUAAAGUGGUGCUUCAGGUUAAUAACAGUUUCAGGUUAAGUACAGACCUCCGGAACAAAUUAAGUACUUAACCCGAGGUACCACUGUACAUGUUUUGACAGCGCUACCUUAAUUUUGUCUUAUGGAAACAAUUUAUUGUCUGCUCUGGAAUGACAGCACUUGACCAUAUUCUGCCUUUCCUGCAGCGUCAUAAAAAAAAGUAACCUUUGUGCCGUUUUAUUCACAUCGUUAUUCACUUGGUCCUGCCUCUUUAUUUCCUCAAGAUCACAUUGUGUGUCUCUUUGUAGCCUUUUAAUGGAUGUGUUCUUGCUCCUAAAACUCAAGUAUUUGAUGAACAAUCACAAUUCCAUGCAUGAUCACUUUGGAAGUUCAGAAGGACUUAUUCCGAAGUAUCUGUAGGAUUGCAAUCUGAAUCUUCAAAAUUCCCCACCCAACUCCCCAGUUUUGUUUCUGCGUUGCCUCCUUUGUCCUUUAACAAAUCCGUCUGUAAGAGCUUGCAGCAGGGUUGAUCACUGACUCUCUCCCUCUCUCCUUCAGAUUUAUUAGAAGUUUUCUAUCUCACUUUCUGCUAUAGUGCCCAAGGUGGCCCUUUUACUUCCCGCUUCACUGCAUGGCCAUCUCUUGAUAUCUCAUGUCUCAGAAAUGGUAACUCUUGUAUGUAUGUGGGGUAGUGUCUCUUAGUGGAGGGAUUUUUCAGGUGAAACCAUAUAGCCUCUGGAAUUUGCUGACUGACAGCUGCAAUCCUGGGCAUAUAUAUACAUAAAUUUUGUACUGUUUUUUAAACAAAUACAAAUAACCAUUAAACACUUAUCCAGCAGCACAACUAAUGGUGUUUGUUUAUAUAUACAUACUUGAGAGUAGGGCUAUGUGCACAUUAUCAGCUUGAAAUGAAGGUCAUCACCCCCACGUAUUUCAAAUCACUUUUAAAUGUUGCUGUUCACAACAGAGGGUGCAGAGAUGCAAGCUCCAAUUCACUAAAUCUAUCAUCUGCACAUGUGCAACAGCUGCCUGAAAUAUACAUACCUUAGCUUAACCAUGGUUUCCAUAUUCUUAAUGGAUGAAAGCUGGGUUGAAGGAAGGCACACCAGACAGGAGUGUAUCACCAGAAGUUAUGGGAGGCCUAUGGACUGUGGCAAUGUCAUGUUUAGGGAGGUUCUUAAUGUUUGAAGUUUUAUUCUCUUUUUACUGUUCUGUUGGGAGCCGCCCAGAGCGGCUGGGGAAACCCAGCCAGAUGGGCGGGGUAUAAAUAAAAAAGUUGUUGUUUUUACUUGGCUUCAAACGACUGCAGUGGCAGCAUGCUGGAGCCAGAGUAAGUAGUAAAGUGUACACAGCCUGAGCUCCAUUGAACUUAGUGAGACUUACGGUACUUCAGAUUGAACAUGCCUAGGAUUCGGCAAAAAGUAAGAGAGGCUUCCAAAAUGUAACAAGAAUAAAGUUUGGUGGUUUGGCUGGCUGCAUCUGGGUGUUACCCUUUGUGAAUCCACUGAAGAUCAAGCUUAGAAUCCAAGUUUUGUGUAAUCAAUCCCCGAGGUGUUGGAAACAUCCACUCAAUGUUACUAAAGCAGGAAGAAAAGUUAAAUGUUCAUGCAAAGUUAAUCAUGGUUUGAUUUGAAAUUUGUAUCCUGCUUCUCCAACAACUAUGUUCAGCUCAAAGCAGCUAUUAACAAAGUUAUUGUGUUUGUUUUUAUGCUUACAGUUUUUCUAUUACUCAAAUGGGAGGGAAUAUAAUGGAAAGAAUACACAAUUCAAUGGUCGAAGUACCUGGGAUGGAGAUUUUUAUAGAAAGGAUGCAUCCAUCAAGGUAGGAAACAUGCAACCUAUAGACAAUGGCACUUACUUCUGUGAUGUUAAGAACCCACCAGACAUAGUCACUGAGCCAGAGCAAGUUGAAGUUAGAGUUUUGGAGAUAGAGAAAAUAUUGGGCCCUGGAAGAGCAGCACCAACCCCUGCAAGUACCACAACGGCAACGGCAACGGCAACCACAGCCUCUGGAAACAUUUCACUUAAUGGAGUAUCAUUUUGGCUACUUGUCCUUCAAUUCUGCUGCAUUCUAGCAUCUUUUCAAAGCUAUUUGUUCUGAAAAUAAAGUAUACCUCUUAAGAUUA